AUGGACGUGCAGAAUCGUAUGCAGAGGGGCUUCACGCCAGGAUCUUCACCGCUAAACGCAGCUUAUAUACUAGAAGAGUUCUACAGAGAAAACGCAGACAAGAAGUCCGAAUCCCAUGUUAUUCUAUUGGAUGCCAAAUCUGCUUUUGAUGUGGUCAAUCAUAAACAUCUUCUCAGGAGAGUGUAUCAUGCCGGUAUCACUGAUGGACACUGGGAACUUUUGAAAUCCUUACAUUCGCAGUCAGCAAGUGUAGUAAAGUAUGGUUACCAAGUCAGUGAACUCUUUGACGUUUUUCAAGGUGUACGUCAGGGAGGGAUUCUGUCCACUGACCUAUAUAAAAUAUACAUCAAUCCGCUGUUGGACCAGCUUGAAAAUACUGGCAAAGGGGGUAAAAUAGGUACAAUAACAGUCAAUAACUCCACGUGUGCUGACGAUGUGUGUUUAAUGAGUGAUACUAGGGAUGACACUCAACUACUGAUCAACAUAGCUGCGUCCUUUGCAAAGGAGGAAAGGUACUUAUUACAGCCAACUAAAACUGUUGCGUUGAAGUUAAGUGGUUCUAAACGAAAAAUAAAAGACUCUCUGAGUGAUCAGUGUUUCUCUAUGAAUGACGGUAACUUAGCAAAUGUCAAUUCGGCUGUGCACCUGGGUAUAACUAGAACUACAUCUGUACAAGAAACCGCUGAAAAUAAUACGAUGGGUAAUAUUGUCAAAGCAAGACGCGCUAUGUAUAGCCUUAUGGGUGCGGGUCUGCAUGGACACAAUGGGCUGGAUCAUGAAACGUCAAUUACUUUGUAUAGGGUAUAUGUUCUACCCGUGUUAACCUAUGGCAUUGAACUUUUUACUCCUAGCCAAAAACAGAUUGAAGUAUUGGAACGUUUCCACAAAAAGUCGUUAAAACAGAUUCUAUCUCUUCCCAUGAAUACCGCUGACCCAAGUGUCUAUAUUUUAUCUGGUUUAUUGCCGAUGGAAGCUUUAUAUCAUCUGAAAGUGUUGAAUUUUUUCAAUAAUAUAUGCAAUCAGAAAUCUGACAGUACAGAAAGGGAAAUCUUUGAAAGGCAGAUCAUGGUGAAAUCUAACAAGUCAAAUUCAUGGGCAUGUAUAAUUAAACCAAUUCUUAGCAAGUACGAACUGUCUGAGGUCGAAACUUAUUUGAAUUCACCAAUGACUAAGAAUCAAUGGAAAAGUACUGUUAAUGUCAAGGUCGUUCAGUGGUGGAAGAAAAAUAUCGAGUCACGAACCGUUACAUACUCAUCUUUAAAGUUUAUGAACCCAGUGUACACUCCUGGCAAGUUCCAUCCAGUGUUACGUGUUGGCUGUUCAUCCGUACUAGAGGCUACACGCAUUCCAGCAAGACUACGCCUUCUUACUGGUAACUACAUGCUGCAGUCUAAUCGCCAUAAAUUCAAUCAGAAUGAGGUUUCACCAGUGUGUCGUCUUUGUGUAUCCGGUGCAGAAACUGUUGAACACUUUUUGUUAUUGUGUCCGUCUUUAGAGAGUGUUAGGUUGCCUGGCAUGAAUGAAAUAAUCAGCAUUCUAGAGGAGACAAGUUAUACUCAUCUGUUCCAGACUUACGACCAACAAAUCCAGUUAUUGCUAGACUAUUCUUGUGUAUUGCCAGAGAAGGUAUGGAGUGACGAGUUUGUCACAAGAUUGGAGUUUCAUAUUAGAAGACUUAUCUUUCACUUGCAUACCAUGAGAUAUAGACUGUAUAGUAACUUGCACUAA